UCUUAUAGAAGAAAAGAGCCAUCUAAGCAUUACCUAGAAAGAAAAAAGCAAGAGAACAAAAUGUAUAAAUAAAUUGUUUUAUGAUAUUAAAUAAAUUAUUAUUUAAUUAUAAAAACAGAGUAUUAGUUUAUUUAAAACACCAAAAAUAAAAUUAAAAAAUAUAUAUUUUGUUUAAUUUGUUACAAAGGGCUGUUCUUUCAUUCUGCAGUAUAUCAACAGAAAAGAGAAUUCAAAAGCUUUCUCUCUUCUCUCUAUCUCCAAACAAAACUUAAAAACAAAACCCUAAAAAUUUGACAUUUUAUUAAAUUUUGCCUUUUACCAAUCUUUUUUUCUUCCUCUCUUUGGUCUCUCGCUUUAGCUUUCGUCGUGGGUUUUCUUCUUCUUUUUCGUCCCUUCUUUCACUGAACUUUUUCUCUCGUUUUCUAUCUUGUGUUUUUUUUGUCGUAAUUAUUCCCCUUUUUUUCCCGGAAAAAAAGAAACGCAUUGUUUGGAUUGGGAGACGGUUAUUUUGAUAAAACGGUUACGUUUUCAGGCGGUAGCUUGGAAUCGUAGCGGCGGUUAGGUUUAGUACUCUUCCUUUUUUUUUUCUUUUUUCUUUCAUCUGCCCUCUUCUCAUUUGUUAGAAUUUUCCCCCAAUUUUUCUCGUUGCCCCUUUGGGUUCAAUUCCUUGCAGUUGGGAAGUUAUAAUCAAAAUUCAAUCUAGGGUUUUUAAUUUUAUCCCCAAUUUAUUGGUUUUUAGUAUUAUUUUCCCAAAUUUAACUGGUUUGUGCGCUUUAACUGUUAUUUUGGAAAGUUGUUUUUCCUUUUUUUUUGCCCAAGCUGUUAAUUUUAAAAAGGAACUGGAAUUUUUCUGUUAUUUUAUUGGGAAAUACGAGGGUCGUUUCAGAUUGAAAAAUCAGUAAUCUGCAAAUCUAUCAUCCAAUAGAAGAUGGAAGGGUAGGGAGAGAGUGUUAAUUAUAAGGCCUCCUUAUUGCCAUUGCCAUUGUUUUAAAAUUUUGUUUCAUUUGAUCAAACAAUUCCUUCUUUACCAUUUGGUGAAUGACCUGUUAAAUUUAGAAACCCUGAUUUUGCUGGGUUUAAUUGACCAGGGAUAGGGUUAAGAGUUAAGAGUUUUGUGUGUAAAGAAAAUCAAUUUGGUGGGUUAGGGUUUGAAGAACGUUGAAGAAGUGGGUUCCUUUUUUAUUUCAUUUUGUUUUCUGAUGGUCAUAUUCACUAUCCCUUAUGGAAAGAAGUGAGCCAGCAUUAGUUCCAGAAUGGUUGAGAAGUAAUGGCACUGUUACUGGUGGUGGCAAUUCGGCCCACAACUUUGCUUCCUCUUCUUCUCACUCAGAUUCCUCUCUGGUGCAUCAUGGGAGACAUAGAAACUCGAGGAAUAUAAGUGAUUUUGAUUCCCAUCGACCAACAUUUUUGGAUCGGACAUUUUCAUUGAAUUCACGGAGGAGUUCUAGUAAUGGUUCUGCAAAGCAUGCUUACAGUAGCUUUAGUAGGAGUCACCGUGAUAGGGAUCGUGAAAGGGAUAAAGCAAGGUCAAACUUUGGGGACCAUAGGGAUCGAGCUUCUUCUGAUGCUUUAGAAAGUAUCUUAAGUGGUAGGGGUGAGAUAGAUACAUUGCAUCGUUCUCAUUCUAUGUUCUCUAGGAAACCAGGUGAGUCUUUGCCUCGAAGGAUUGGUGUGGAUGUGAGAGACAGUAUUAACAGUAAUCACAACAAUGGCAAUGGUCUGGUAUCUGGAGUUACCCUUGGGAGUAGCAUCCACAAGGCUGUGUUUGAGAAAGAUUUUCCCUCACUUGGAACUGAAGAUAGGCAGGUGGUGCCUGAGAUAACUCGGGUGUUGUCCCCUGGUUUGAGCUCAGCUUCUCAAAAUUUGCCUGUGAGUAGUUCAGCACUUAUCAGUGGAGAAGGGUGGACCUCAGCUUUGGCUGAAGCUCCCAGCACGGUUGGAAGUAGUAACACAGGUUCCUUGGCUGCCCCCCUAACUGUUUCCCCCUCAAGUUCUGGGACUUCAACGGGCACAUCUGGCCUUAAUAUGGCUGAAGCACUAGUGCUAGCUCCUUCACGAUCCCAAGCUGCUCCUCAGUUAUCUGUCAAGACUCAAAGACGUGAGGAACUGGCUAUUAAGCAAUCAAAGCAGCUAAUACCAGUGACACCUUCUAUGCCUAAGUGCUCAGUUCUCAAUUCAGUGGAUAAAUCAAAAGGCAAACCUGCUGCCAGAAUAAGUGAGAUAAAUACAGCUGUCAAGAGUGUGCAGCAGCAACCUUCUUUGAUUCAUCACAGUAAUCAAUCUCCUCAUAGUGGACAUGUCAAGCCUGAUGCGCUGAAGACAUCUGGGAAGCUUUUGGUUCUCAAACCAGGAUGGGAGAAUGGCGUUUCAUCCCCUACUCAAAAAGAUGGUGCUAGUCCAACAGCAAGUGCUAACAGCAGAGUUGCAAUUAGCCAACAUGCUGGUGGUCCCGCAAGAAAUUCGAACAACCCAAAGCUUUCUUCUGUGGAACGUAAGGUUGCUGCCUUGAAUCCAGUAGCUGGGUUCACUGUGGAAAAGAAACCUUCUUUGGCCCAAACCCAGAGCCGAAAUGACUUUUUCAAUCUACUGAAGAAGAAGACCUCGACAAAAACUUCUGCAGACCACUCAGGUUCACUCCCUCAUAUUUCAUCUGCCACCACAGAGAAAUCUGAAGUUACGAAGGAAGUAGUCACUGGCUCAUCAGCUGUUCAUGCUAAUGAGAAUGGUAUUGCCGCUACUAGCAAUGGUGACACCUGUCAGGAGGCUAAAAAAUUUGCUAAUGAUGGUGAAAAGAAUAUGAGCUCCAUUGAUAUGGUUUAUCCAGAUGAGGAAGAGGCAGCAUUUCUUCGUUCUCUUGGCUGGGAAGAAAACUCUGGUGAUGAUGAAGGCCUUACAGAAGAGGAGAUCAAUGCUUUUUACCAGGAGUACAUCAAACUGAGGCCAACUCUGAAACUGUGCCGUGGCAUGCAGCCAAAGCUGGCUCAAUCUUUUGCAACUAAUUCGGAAGGAGCUUCUUCUGAAGUGAGCUCCUCUGACUCCGAAUUGGAAGCUUGACUUCCUCUGUCCCUACAUAGUAAAUCCAAAGAAGUUCCCUUUUUUUCUUUUUUAAUUUUUUUAUGGCAGAUGAUUAGGCUUUUUAUUGGGCUCCUGUUUGAAAGAAAGCUGAUGAGUUGGGGGGUGGGUUUUGGUUUGAUGGCUUCCAGAUAAUGCAAUAAUUAAGUCCUCCUACCCGUCUAUAACUGAGAAUUCUAUAGGUUUGGAAGGAUUGAUGGGGGGACUAUUUUGAUUGCGGUUGAAAGAUGCUAGAAAUUUGCAUCUUUAGGAGAUUUUUCUUUCUUUCUUUCUUUUUUCCUUUUACAAGAAAUAGCUUAUUGGUGUUUUUGGUCAAUUUUACCGAAAGGAAGGAAAUCAAAAGUUCCAUUUUUUUUUUUUAAUUUUCACUUUAUAUGUUUUUGUAGUACAUUUUUUAGCCUAGCAAUAAUACGUGUCCAUAUUAGCAUGAAA